CAUCCUUCACUUUGAACGCCAACCCAAAUGGGCUCCAACGAUGUGCCGCCCGCCCAUUGCCCAUCAUGGGUAGUCCCCACGAGUACCGCUCUGCUCGGCAUUGGCGUGCUGUUCUGGGACGCGACCUAUAUCCUCAUGACGCGGCGCGCUUUAGCCACCAAAACCUACGGCAUGCCGCUCCUGGCUCUCGCCCUCAACGUUUCGUGGGAGCUCGUCUAUGCCAUUUACGUUAGCGAGAUGAUACUGGAGAAACUGGGCUUUGCCUUCUGGCUCUUGCUGGACAUUGGCCUCAUCUACACCACCGUCCGCUUCGGUCCCGAGGCCUGGCGUCAUACAAACCCCUGGGUAGGCCGGAAUAUCGGCUGGCUUUUUGCCCUUAUGACCGCCGUUGGAUGCGUGGGCCACUACGCCUUUGCUGCCUGGUGGAUGUCCGAGCCUCACCGCGGUUCCGGCGAUAAGACGGGCAAGUUCUGGGCGGGCCAGGAUGCAUAUGAUGCCACCGAAGUGGCCUUUUGGUCUGCCGCCGUCUGUCAACUUGCCGGCAGCGCGGGAAGUCUCGCCAUGCUCAUAACCCGGGGUCAUUCUGGGGGAACAAGCUAUCUAAUUUGGCUAUGUCGAGCACUCGGCACACUGAUCGGUUUGGUGUUUGCCAACGUCUUCCUCUGGUGGUUCUGGCCAGAAGCUCAUGGCUUCGUCUUCAGCCCCUUUGCCGUAUUCUUAUGGGGAACUUCUCUCGUGUGCGAUAUCUUGUAUCCUUUCGUACUGUGGCAGGUCCGCCGGUCUGAGGUGUUGCUUUCAGACGGUACGCUCGCGAUGUCAAGUGCUGGUCAGGCCACCUUAGCAGCCCCCGGGAACCACGAGAAGAAGAAGCAAUAAGGUCUUCGCGUCUGCAAGCACUUUUCCCCCUAGAUCCCAAAAUGUGUCUCUGCUUGAGACUUUCUCG